AUGACGAUUUCUGUCAAUGUGCACCUACUGAGUGGCAAAUGUGUGUCUUUUGAAGUGGAGGUGGAUGCGUCUGUUGAGUCGUUGAAGCGGCGUGCCCAAAACGCUCUGGUCAAGGGCAGAGGGCAGCUGCGGAAGUCUUCUGGCGAGGUGCUCGACGGUGCAAAAACUAUCAGAGAAGCGAAGUUGAUAAGUGGAGACGUGCUCACCCUGCAUGUGAAUCAGGUCCAGAUUGCAGCCAACAGAGUUGGUCAGUUAUCUGCAUUUGCCGCACUGCUGGGUGACGGAUCUGUGGACACCUGGGGUGAGGCAUACUGUGGUGGCGACAGCAGCGCUGUACAGGAUCAGCUGCGAGAUGUUCGGCAGAUCCAAACUUCGAAAUACGCAUUUGCUGCAAUCCUGGGCGAUGGGUCCGUCGUCACCUGGGGGAGUGCCGACUGUGGCGGAGACCACGGUGCGGUGCAGGAUCAGCUGCGAGAUGUGCAGCAGAUCCAAGCUUCCAAUUUUACAUUUGCUGCAAUCCUGGGCGAUGGAUCCGUGGUCACCUGGGGUAGUGCCGACUCUGGUGGUGACAGCCGUGCGGUGAAGCAGCAGCUGAAGAAUGUGCAGCAGAUCCAAGCUUCCGACUGGGCAUUUGCUGCAAUCCUGUGUGACGGAACUGUGGUCACCUGGGGCAAUGCCUGCCAUGGUGGCGACAGCCGUGCGGUACAGGCGCAGCUCAAAAAUGUGCAGCUGAUCCAAUCCUCUUGUCGGGCCUUUGCCGCAAUCCUUGGUAGUGGAUCCGUGGUCACCUGGGGAAACGCCGACUAUGGUGGCGACAGCUGUGCGGUACGGGCUCAGCUGCGAGCUGUGCAGCAGAUCCAAGCUUCUAAUUGCGCGUUCGCUGCAAUCCUGAGUGAUGGAUCUGUGGUCACCUGGGGUAAUUCUCAAUUUGGUGGUGACAGCAGUGCCGUCCAAGAGCAGCUGAAGAAUGUGCAGCAGAUCCAAGCUUCGAAAUACGCAUUCGCUGCAAUCUUGGUUGAUGGAUCUGUCGUCACCUGGGGCAAUUACCAUGCUGGUGGCGACAGCAGUGCCGUCCAAGAUGAGCUGACGAACGUGCAGCAGAUCCAAUCUACUAAUUCUGCAUUUGCUGCAAUUCUGGAUGAUGGAUCUGUGGUCACCUGGGGGAAUGCUAACUUUGGCGGCGACAGCAGUGCCGUUCAGGAUCAGCUGAAGAAUGUGCAGCAGAUCCAAGCUUCUAAUGGUUCCUUUGCUGCAAUUCUGGGUGGUGGAUCUGUUGUCACCUGGGGUGCUUCCCAUUUUGGCGGCGACAGCAGUGCCGUCCAAGAGCAGCUGAAGAAUGUGCAGCAGAUUCAAGCUUCUGGUGGUGCCUUUGCUGCAAUCCUGGGUGAUGGAGCUGUGCUCACUUGGGGGGGAUGCUAA